GUCACAGUCACAGUUGACAUCCAAAAGCGGUAGCAGCUCAAAACCGAGCACCAAGAUACUCGUUUAUUUAAUCUAAUAAGCAAAUAGAAACAAAGAAGAAUAAAAAUUAUAUAUGUAGAAAACAAAAUUCCAGAUAAAAUCUCAACGCCAAAGUGCAAGUGCAGUGGGAGUUCUCAAAUAUGGUCGUAUAUCAAUGGCUUCUAAACAAGCUUAGUUCGGAGUUAGCCGGUUGUCUUUGUUUUGUCUAGUCUCCCGAAAAAUAACUCUAUAUCCCGAAUGCAAUUGUCUUGGGUCUUGUGUAUUCUGUCUUAUCUGUUUGGGAGACUCACGAGCUCGCUGGGCUACUGGCUUAUGGCCUCUAUAAAGAUGAAGCUGCAUCUGCAAUCCCCGGAGCCAUCUUCAUAUUAAUUAAAAUAGUUUCUUGUAUAUAAUAAACAGCAAUCGAAAUGUAAACAUUUUUACGACCAACUAUUAUAUAUAAUGCCGACUUAAUGAGAAUCUAAUUAGACAUUUGUUUUGCUGUCCCACCGAUUAGCAUGAUGACCCACAGUGCCCUUAUCAGUGGCUGUAGUGGAGAAAGGUGAUUAGAUUCGAGGGCCCAGCCGAAACCCAAAAAAUUCAUAACCUGCUCAACGGGGCAAACCAUCAGUUUCCGACAAAUUUUGGACAGGUUCAGAGUGCCUGGUUCUCGCAAUGGUUAUACACAUUUGUGUAAAUCAGAUAGACGUUCUGUUAUCAGUAAUUAGUUUUAUAAUGCCCGUCUUGGCCUGAUAAGUCGACCCACAGCCGUUCGCCCACUCAGAACACCAUCGUCGUGUGUUGGCCACAGUUGAUGAGCUCUCGCAAACGUCCGAGUGAAAAGUUUCACCGUUUCGCGACGGGAUGUGAAAAGUGCAAUAAAGCUGGCAAAAGUCGUUUAUAUUUCCAUAUUUCCCUUAGAUUGGGAUGAAGCUAGAAGAUUGUAAACAGUAUCCAUAAAGCAUCAAAAUAAUAAUAUCCAAGGAGCAUCAAUCAAUAAUUUUAUUUUUAAAAAGCCUAUCAAAAAUAGUUUAGUGUUUGUGCUUAGCUUUGACAGAAGUGAUUUUAACAACGGAUUGGCGCCAACUGGCGUGGCGACAAGUGUCUGGUUAGAAGCCCCAACAAUCUACCGCAGUUAAUUGCCAAGCAAUCUCAUCAUCCGGCCAGAGUUCUGCUCCCCAGAUGCCAUAAAGAUUAGUCUGCUUAUCAGGCCCUACGACUAACUGUGGGACUUAGGCACAGCCACUUUGGUUAUUUGGUAGUCCAAAAUGAGAGACAAGAAGGAACAGGCGAACAGCCGCAAGGCCUCCCAGGUCUCGGGACAUUUUUUCCAGAUGGAUGUUGACGAUUCGGAGUUCAACGAUCCUUUCCAGACUCUGAUGGAGAAGGCUGGCAACCAUGGUCGCUAUCAAACUCUUUACAAUUACCUAUUCGUUGGUGGCUUGGCUUUCAGUGGUGCCAUGAUCUACAUGAAUAUCAUUCUGGCCCUUAAUAUUCCCGAUCACUGGUGCACAGUGCCUGGCAGAGAAAACACUAACUUUACGCUGGAGGAGUGGCGAGACAUCACCCUGCCCAAACAGGCCGACAAUCGUGGAAGGGAGACUUUCAGCAAUUGUGAGAUGUUCCAAGCGAACUUCUCAGAGAUCACGGACUGGUCAGCUUGGAAUACUACCAAGAGGACAACACCAAAAGAAGCCUGCCAGAAUGGCUGGAGUUACGACAAGACCUGGUACGAGAGCACCAUCCCCACGGACCACAACUGGGUGUGCGCCAAGGAUUUGUUCGUGACAAAUGUGUUCGUGGUGGGUCGUGUGACGGAGGUGGCCGGUUCAUUUAUAUUGGGACAAAUGGGCGAUUCCUAUGGUCGCCGUUUCGUAUACUACAUCAGUGUGGUCUUCUGUUCCCUGGGUCGCUUGGGGUCCAUCAUGUGCACCAGCUCGUACACGUGGUUCCUCAUCAUGUCCGGCAUCGUCGGCCUCACCGUUAACAGUCUCUUCCAAUCGCCCCAAAUUAUCGGCAUGGAGAUCUCGCGGGAGGAGGACCGCAGUCGAAUUGCCUUCUUCCAGAGCUGUGGCUGGUCCAUUGGCACCACAUUGAUGCCCCUGCUUUACUGGUGGCUGCGCCACUGGGACUCCUUUAUGUGGCUCACCUCGAUACCCACAGCGAUGGUUCUGCUCUAUUCCAAAUACGUAAUCGAAUCGCCCAGGUGGUUGAUUAGCAAACAGCGUUUCCGCGAGGCCAUUGUCCAACUGCAGAAGAUAGCCAAAAUUAACGGCCAUCGCUUCGACAUGACCGAGAAGGAAUUGGCCGAGAUCUACAGUCGGGACAAGCAGGAAGUCACCUACGGCAUCGCAUCGCUCUUUGCUGGCUGGCGGCUGGCCCGCAACACCAUCAUCAUGGGCUUCAGUUGGUGCGUGGUAGCCGUCUCCUAUUUCACGCUGGUGCUCUUCAGCUCCCGCAUGGCGGGCAAUCCGUUCCUGAACUUUUUGUACCAGAGCAUUGUGGAAAUUCCCGCCUACGUUGUUGGUCGCUAUAUGGGUGAUACGUAUGGAAGGCGCUUCACCAACUCGGUAUCGUUCCUCAUCUCGUUCGUCACCUGUCUGCCCAUCAUUGUGUAUGCAACGGACGAGCGGUACGAGGCCCUGAUGAUCUACCUGGCCACGUUCAUCAAGUUCCUCAAUGCCCUCACCUUCUUCACGGCGAAUCUGCAGUGCCUGGAGAUCUAUCCCACGUGCAUGCGACAGACGGGCGUUGCUCUGGGCACCAUCCUGGCGAAUGCCAUUGGUGUCCUGGCACCGUACCUGGUCUACCUGGGCACCACCGUGGACAUCCGGGCGCCGUACUACAUCCUGGGCAUCCUCUUCCUCCUUGGCGGCAUUGGAGCUCUGUUCCUGCCGGAGACCCUGCACAAAAAGCUACCGGACACCAUGGAGGAGGCGGCACACUUUGGCAAGCACGAUAAAUUCUUCAGUCUGCCGAAACCGCCGCUGGCGGCGGAUAAGGACGACAGCCUGUCAUCCCAUCCGGAGUUAGCCAAGCUCAGACGCUCGGAGACGGCGCCCUGAUUACCCCCCUGCUGAAUCCCUGAAUCUUAGAAUCCUCGAGACCUGCGAACUCCUUCAAAGUCAUCGCCGGCAAUCGAUUCCAGUUGCCAUCCGCGUUUCACGUUUCCCCUUGUGAUGUUACGUUAAGUUUGGCCGCCCCUCCUACCAAGUAUUGCGAAUAAAGUAUUGUUAUUUAGGCAACCGUAA